AUGGACGACGGGGAGGAGAGCCUCACCAAGGCGAAGCUGUACGCGAGCAUGUCCGACGACGAUUCGUGGACGGAGAUGGGUGUCGGAGUCGUGUCUGUCGUUCUACGCUCCUCCGCGGCGCUGGAUGGUGGCGACAGCGAUGACGGAGGUGCAGAGGGGGCGGUGGGCCAUCUGGAGAUGAUCGACAUCGACAACCCGGCGGAGCUGCUGAUGAGUACGCCCAUUACCCUCACGGAUGCCUACGUCAUUCAGAGUGAGACCAUCCUGUGGUGGUCCGACCCCCAGCUCGGCCGCAGCAUGGCGUGCAGCUUCAACACAAAGGAGGGCUGCGAAAAGAUAUACGAUGAAAUCGUGGCGUACCAGCAGUCCCGGAAGAGCGCCGUGUCACGCGAAAUGAACGGCGCCGAGGUGGUCGCAGCGCCGUCCAUCUGCGCUCACUGGACGGUGUCUCGCGAAAACCUGCCGGCCAUCCUUUCCGCCGUCACGGCCAACGCCCAGCGCUUCGGCAUGUAUGUGCGGGGCUGCGACACGUACUUUAAGGAGCUUGCGGAGCUUUUCCAGGCGUGCCAGCGUGACGGGGACGUGCGCGGCAUGGACCUGACGGGGCAGAUCACGCUCGCACUGCUGCGCUCGCCGUUUAACACUGACGGAAAAAUAAUUUCGCAGUUUGUAGAGAACUCCCUCGUUGACAUGUGCGUGGACAUCGUGCAGUAUGCCAUUGGGCGGCGGGAGCGUAGCACGGGAUUUGUGAGCCUCGAGGAGCGUCGCGCGACGUUCCGCAACCCGCUGCAGCUCCCAGAGAGCAUUUUGUCCCGCAUUCACGUGCUGUAUUCCUGCGACUACCUCAAAGACCUGCUGCCACUCAGCCUUGACGAAGCCGACGCCGUGCCGUCCUCAUUGCUCUGCACGUAUCUCAUGUCCACCAAAUUCCGCCUGGUGGAGGAAAUUUGCCGGUCGCCUGUAUUUAUUCUACGGGCGAUCGAGCGUGCCUUUGGAGACGCCGAGAACGCCUUUGACGUCCUGGCCUUCAUUUACGACAUGGCCAAGACAAUUAAAAACUCAAUGAUGGCACUGAAUUCCAAAGCCUCGCUCUUCGAGGCUCUUGUGGGUAAUGGUCUUCUACCGUUCCUACGGUUUGUACUGGAGAGUGCAAUACGUGACUAUGCAGCCAUGCCCCUGUCACAGCCACUACAAGCACCGAUACCAUCGUCACCCGCAUCGUCUGCACCGCCGCAGUUGCCGUGCAUGACGCCCGGAAUGGCGAUGCAAAAGGCGUGUGACAUUGUCUGCAGUUGCAUCAUGUUGUAUCCAGCAGCGCGUGGCGGGCUGGUUGCGGAAGCGUCUAGGAGUCCUGACGGAUGUCUUUUGGAUUUGCUGCUGCAGUGCAUUGUGACUAGCCAGCGCGGUACAGAGCUGCAGGCGGCGGUUGACGCCGUUGUGAGUUGCGGCAUCGGCAUGCUGCAGUACAUGCCGGACCUUAUGGAAAUGAGCGGUGCGACAAAGUGCGAUGUGGUACGCUUCUGGGUGGAGGGGGCGCUGGGGCGACGGCCCUCGCUGCUGCCGCUUGCUUCCUGCAUCGCCAAGACACUCGCUAGUGGUGAGGUGAUUGCACGUAAUUCACAUGAGGAGAUGCGGGUGCUGCAUGCGUUGAAGGUUCUCACCGCCAUCACGGGCGACAUCAACGAGGCGCUCAGCCUUGCCUUCGCAAAAGUAUUGGUUCAGGCGGGUUUGCCAUCGAGCCUCGACGCCGCACUGCGCUCAGAGGCUCGCCCGAAUGCCAACGUGCAGUCUUCCGUUGUGGCCUUUGUUGCUGCCGUGCUAAACAGCGGAAAGCGGCGCAUGGUGGAGAGUCUGCUUGGCGACGGCACGUUACUUGACACGGCGCUCCGGCGCUACGUGGCGUGUGCACGACGGAGCAACAUUCUCAGCGCGUCGCUGGCGCAUUUACUGGACUCCGUCUGCCGCUCGAUUCAUUGCGAGAAGAGCGACAGGGCACGGCGCAUCGCCGGCCCAGCCGGCAGCCCGUUUGUGCACCUGCUGAGCAACGGGGACGAGGACGAGGACGAUGACCUCGCAGAGAACUGCAGCAACGGCGCAGCAGAAGAGGGUGAGCUGCGGCAGCAGCAGAGGGACGGAGGCGAUAAGGGCGUUGGUCUUUGCCAGUCACUUGGGAUGCGCCUGUGGACGACGUACGGGGAGGCGCUGCGGGCCCACUGCCCCGCGCUCGCCCUCAAAUUGGAGCACGCGCUGCGGGAAACGCCGGAGGAGGCCCGCUCUGCCGACGCCGAGACGUCCAGCGUGGCGAGUACGCUGGAGCGCAGCAUGAGGGGCAUCUCCGACCUCGAGUUCGACGCAAUGGUGAUGGAGUUUGGUGUCGAGGUGCCGCCCCCGCGCCCGCUGCUGCCCGCCGCCCCCACCGCGCACGGCAGUGCGGACCCCGCAGCGACCACAGACCCCCCUGUGGACAGGCGCAGCGGCGGCGGCACCCCGCAUCUCAAGAGCAGGCGCGAGGCGGAGGAAAUGGAGGAGGAAAUAACUGAGCCGCUACUGAAGCGCGCUCGAUCGGAGUCGUCGUCACCGUCGUCUUCUUCGAUUGGGCGGUAG